AUGAAUAAGAGCUGGACUGAAGCACAGAGUUACUGCAGAGAGAAGUACACUGACCUGGUUACCAUUGACAACCCAGAGGAAAUGAACAGAGUGAUUAACAGGGUAAACCUCACUGGUUAUACUGGACCAGCCUGGAUAGGACUGGAGAAGGGAAACUCGUGGAAGUGGCAGUGGUCCCUGGAAGAGAGACGUCUCUACAGUGAUGGACAGACUGGGUUCUCAAACUGGGACAGCAGCGUAGGAGCACCUCACACUGCGGAUGGGAAUACCAACUGUGUGGGGAUGAGAGACACUGCGAAAUGGAAUGAUAUUCCCUGUGCCUCUAAAUCUCCCACAGGAUUCUUUGUUUGUUAUGAUGAGAGAAAACAAACCAACCAGAGCUACGUCUUCAUUAAUCAAAAUAAUAUGAACUGGACGGAGACACAGAGAUACUGCAGAGAGAAACACACAGACCUGGUCAGUGUGAGGAACCAGACUGAGAAUGAUCUCAUACACAAUAUGUUUAGAAGUGGAACCUUUGUGUGGAUCGGUCUGUACAGAGACUACUGGCAGUGGUCAGACCAGAGAAACUCCUCAUUCCGCUACUGGAAAUUAGGGAAACCGGACAAUGGUGAUGGAAAUCAAUGUGCUGUGGCCUGGAUGACAGCGACAGAUAAGGGACGAUGGGAUGAUCAGAAAUGUAAUGGAAAGUACCCAUUUAUCUGCUAUGGAGAUCCACUGCUCUUGGUCCAGGAGAAUAAAACUUGGAAUGAAGCCCUGAGAUACUGCCGAGAUAACAAUAUGGAGCUGGUGUCUGUCCACAAUGCCGAUGUCCAGAAGUGGGUGGAGGAGACGGUGAAAAAUGCCACCAGUGGCCAUGUGUGGCUGGGUCUGCGUUAUACCUGUGUCCUAAACUUCUGGUUCUGGGUCAGCGCACAAUCCAUUCAGUACGAACACUGGGCUCCCAGCAAUGAGACAGGAGCCAUAGACUGUGGAACUACAGGAGCUGUGAAAUCUUCAGAAGGUUAUAAGUGGGUCCCUCUCCUUGACACUGAGAAGCUCAACUUCAUCUGCUACAAAUGUUUGUUAGUCUGAUCCAAGGACCUGUGGUUAGUACCUGGAUUGUGUUCACCGUGUAAAUGUGAGCAGAUGUUUGAAUGUUUAUUACAUAUAGUUUAGAUUCCUUUGCUGUGGGUUCUUUAAAAUUUUAAA